AUGCAUAUGCGAAGAAAGAUUUAUCAUCUGAUGCAGUUGAUUGAAACGACUUCAACGCUGACGAGCGGAGCAGCUGUCAAGGGUGACGAAAGUGAAAAUGUGGAUGAGUUUUUUGAUGCAGCAGACUUUUUUUUCGGGGAAGACGAAAACGAUGUCUAUGAUGAUAAUGUUCAAUUUGUUGUUAAUGGAAGUACCGAUUAUUUGGAUGACGAUAUAAUGCUUGAUAUGGAUGACCAAUUGCAUGAACUUGGGUUGAUGCUUAAUUCUACAUUAGCUAGCGAUUAUAAUGGUGCUAAUGCUGCGCGGUUAAACGCUCAUUUCUUUAAUGAUUGGAUGAUUUUGUUGGAGAAGCAGGCAAUUGAACUCGGUUUCCCUGAUCUUGAUGAACUACUCAAAUCGAAAUACAUGAGGGAUUACGUAGAACAGACGUCACUAAAUAAUGGUAUUGCCAUCUACGGGGCAGUCUCUAAACCAGCCAAUGAGCAUAUUCUUCGAAGAGUUGCCGAUUGCAGAUUAAACGAAGAUCAAAAAGCUGAAAAACGAAGAAAACAAAGAUUGUUGGAGCUAAAAAAUCCAGAAAAUGAACAGAAUUUUCUGGAGGGAAAACGUCGAAUUCUGGAGAUUUUGCUGGAUUUAAAAGCCUACGAGAUGGAAAUUGAUUAUCAAACUAUCCGGGACGAAUACAUGAAGCGUUAUAACAUUAGUUUGAAUGCUUCGGAGCAUCAACGGUUAUUCAUGAAUAAAUCGGCGUUGAAAAACUUUUGGCGCGCUUUUUAUCGGGAAGUUAUUUUAAUCAAUGGCUCUCCCAUCCGAGUAAGACUCAGGAGCCCGGAUGUAAAAAUCCCCGAGGAAAUAACAGAAGAUCUUCGUCUGUUAGCGAAUAUCGAUAAAAUUGAACUUCCAACAUUUGCUUUAGAAUAUCGACCAUCCCUAUUGAAUUUUAUACACGAAGGAAGAACAGUAGAACACUCGGAAGGUGUUGUCGCCUCUGGCGAAAGCGUCCUAAAGAAACCUACAAUGGAUUGGGGUGAAGAAGUGGAGGAUGAAGACGGGCAAUCAAGCAAUAAAAAGCAGCAUGGAGGUGAUAUUGAGAAUGCUAACAUGAUUAACGACGGCAUGGCGCCUUCCAAUCCGGACAUGCCAGCUGACACGGAUAAAAUGAUAGGCAUGCAAGGAAGUGGUCAUGAUAAAACGUAUAGAAGACAAUGGAAAUCAACCACUUUGACUGAGGAUAAAUAUACAGAUGAUGAAGAGUCUGCCGAUAGUAGUGAUUCGGAAGCAAAAGUUUCUAAAAAAUAUCGAGGAAAGAAAUUCAAAGGGAAUGUGAAUACAUUAAACAUUUCCUCAAAAUCUUCAGAGCAGUCGGGAAAACGUUUGUCUGUUGCCGAACGUUCCUUGCAGCAGUCACUCAAUCAUUCCUGUUCACGAGAUCUUUACCCAUCAUCAUCUAUUGCUUUUAACAAUAGAAGUUCUGCAGAACUGAUUCUGAUGCACAAAUCUACUCAAUCGGCUGUAUUUAAUAAACAGGAAUAUCACGUAACACAAACAUAUAAGAGUCGUGACAUUGUUCAGCGUGAUCUUGUUAUGGUUGAUUUGAGCAACAAAGAAGAGGUAAGAUCCCCAGCCGUAUUCGGCGUAAGUUCUAAAAACACUAGAACAUUGUGCUGUAAGCAAUAUUUGGAGUUUGGACGGGCAACAUCGAGAAAUACAAUAGAAUUGCAAUAUGUAAAAGGCUGUAAGGAAAUGAAUAAACUACCGUAUGGUUCAUACAGCGUUCCUAAUUCUGUUGCUGGUCAAUGCAGUUCACGUCAAGAGCCCACCGCAUCAAAUUCAGCAAUGUCUUGUAAUAUUUCAACAGAAGAAAACACUAGCAGUUACUGCAAGCCAAGUGAGAAGUUUCAAAAGUCUUCACCAAUUGAGUUUUCCGCAGUACUUUUGUCUUUUUCAUGGGUUACUCCAUUAUUUGAUUUUCGUUUUUUAAAUCUGUACCGAAAAAAUGAUAAAUACGCUUUGAUUCGUGCAAGUUUUAGUUAUUCUGAUAACAGCGGUUGGGUAACAACUAUGCAAUAUACGCAACCCUGCCAGCCGAAUCGAUUUCAGAAACGUGGUCAAGGUUAUCCAGACGAUUAUGCUACUUCUGUCGAGUUUUUCCCUUAUUCUUCCAAUAAAGAAGUUUUGCAGUUGUCAGAAGGAACACAAACUAACGAUAAUUGGCUGGAAACCGUAUUUGAUGAAUUGGGAUGUCAUAAGACGAAAAAAACCCGAUUGGAAAAAUUAGCGGAAGUGAUAGAAUUAAUAGUGGAUAUACGAUCGCCAAAUCCAGUUUUGCUUUCAGCACUGCCACAAAUUGUUGGUUCGAUAUAUGGCGCUCCAAUAAAGCCAGAAGAUGAUGAGAAUUACCGGAGAACGUGGGGAGAAAUUGUAAGAGAUUGUUGUAGUGCAGAAAUACUCAUUUUUCCGUUACCGAAUGGCGAGUGUGUAGAUCUUUCUAUUCCUCUUGCACGUCUUGCAUUCUUUUUUGCAACUUCCAUUUUAAAUGUAAUUGCUAAUUACGAUGAAGUGCAAGUUUUUACUGGCUUGAGUAACAAUAUUUCGAUGGAACAGUUUCCAAGUUACAUUGGAUACAUUUUUCCUGCAGGACAUUCCAGUCCGGGCAAUUAA